AGGUGUCACUGUCAUUUUUCUACCUGGUUGUCGAUAGUCUCAACUGAAGCCGGGAAAAUGCAGUUCCUUGGCAUUUCGUUAAUUUUCGUUAUAUAUUUAUCAUGUGUAUCUGGUCUUUACUUUCAUAUAGCGGAAACGGAAAGAAAAUGUUUCAUCGAGGAAAUUCCAGAUGAAACUAUGGUGAUUGGCAAUUAUAAGGUGCAGUUGUAUGAUCCUCGUACUGGUGGGUUUAUGCCAUCAAGCCCUGGGAUUGGAAUGCAUGUCGAGGUUAAAGAUCCUGAUGACAAAGUUGUCUUGUCUAGGGUGUACAGCUCAGAAGGAAGAUUUACUUUCACAUCCCACACCCCUGGAGAACAUAUCAUUUGUUUAUAUUCAAACAGCACCAAAUGGUUUUCUGGCACUCAGUUGAGAGUCCAUUUAGAUAUUCAUGUUGGAGAACAAACCAUGGACUAUGCUGGCAUUGCACAGAAGGAAAAGUUAACAGAGCUUCAACUACGUGUGCGUCAAUUGCUGGCCCAAGUAGAUCAGAUCAAUAAAGAGCAAAACUACCAACGUAUUCGUGAGGAGCGAUUCCGACAGACAAGCGAGAGCACUAAUCAACGAGUUCUUUGGUGGUCGUUGACACAAACGGCCAUUCUCUUGGUGAUGGGCGCUUGGCAAAUGAGACAUCUCAAGAAAUUCUUCGAAGCCAAGAAACUCGUUUAGAAAGGAGAAAACUGAUUGUGUUGUCCGUCUAUUUCGGUUUCUUAUCUCGUGUUUUUUUUCCUUUUUUUUUUUCUAAAAUUGACUUUACGAUUGCUAAGAACAUGAAAUAAAAGUUGAUACCCAUGUU